AUAUCCAAAGCAUUUCCAGGAUAGCUUAGCCGCGUCUCUCUUCUUACUCCCACCCUUAUAUACAUUAGCGCGCACGAACGAAUACGAUAUACAUCUUCCUUCUCACCUCUCUCGGUAUAUCACAAAAAAUGGAAGCUACGAUCGGCAAUUUCUUCGAAUCGGUUGGGCAUUUCUUUUCCGGCGGUGAUCAGAUUCCGUGGUGCGAUUCCGACGUUGUCGCUGGUUGUGAACGCGAGGUUGCUGAAGCUGAAAAAGGUUCUUCUGAAGAGCUUAAAAGUGAAUGCAUAAUGCGUUUGUCUUGGUCCCUUGUUCAUUCAAAACGGUCAGAAGAUGUUCAGCGCGGCAUAGCAAUGCUUGAAGCAUCUUUGAGUAGCAACUGUAGUCCUCUGCAAAUGAGGGAAAAGCUAUAUCUUCUGUCUGUUGGGUACUACAGAAGUGGGGAAUAUCCAAGAAGCAGGAAUCUUGUGGAGCGUUGCUUGGAGAUUGCACCAGAUUGGAGGCAGGCAUUGACCCUCAAGGAGGCAGUUGAAGAAAAAAUCACAAAAGAUGGAGUGAUUGGCAUCGGCAUUGCUGCCACUGCUGUCGGACUUUUGGCCGGUGGAAUUGCAGCUGCAUUGACUCGCAGGUGAUUUGAACUUGGGUACAUGAGUAAUGUGCAUAACAUCCCCAUAUUUCUUUCAUUCCUUGGCUCAGUUUUGAAGUUUUGCUUUUUUUCCACCCUUGUAAAACUGUGAAAUCUAAAACUAGAGCUUUAAAAAUAGCCAAUUUUUGGUUCAGCAGCUAUGCUUGAUCUGUAGUUAAUCUUUGUGAGGCUUCCA